AUGGUAGUGACAUACAAGGAUUGGGCCAAAAAGCUUCUGUUUUCCUUAUGGGAUUACAGAACUUUUAUCCGUGCACCAACUGGGGCAACCCCCUACGCUUUGGUUUAUAAGAGUGAAGCAAUACUUCGCAUUGAGGUGGAGAUACAAUCUUUGAGGGUGAUAGUAGAAACCAAAGUCCUAGAAGAAGAUUGGAUGAGGGAAAGAUAUGAACAGUUGGCUUUGAUAGAUGAGAAGAGAGCUAGAGCAUUUAAUAAGAAGGUGAAACUUAGAAACCUUAAGGAAGGAGAUCUAGUCCUAAAGGUACUUAGAGACGAAACUUUCAAUCCAAGGGGAAAGAUGAAGUCAAGAUGGCCUAGGCCUUUUAUUACCAAGGAGAUCAUGACAGGAGGUGUUAUAUGA